GAUAGAUGAUGAAACAGGUCAGAUAUAAAAUCCUGUAGCAGAUCUGAACUCAUCACACCUGCAGCGCUCCUUCAUCCUGGAACUUUCAACACUGCGGAAAUGGAUCCUCGUGUUUUUAUCCUGCUGGGAUUGAUUAUUCCAGCAGCUGCUUCAUAUACGAAGUACAAAAAUCUCGCUCUCUUGGGUAAAGCCACCCAAUCGAUCUUGGUUGAAAACCCCUGGUCAGGAUUUGGACAUGCCUACAACGCCAUAGAUGGGAAUCACAAUUCAAACUACCACCAUGGAUCCUGCACCCACACCACCACCCAGAGUAACCCCUGGUGGAGGGUGGACCUUCUGGAUGAGUACAUAAUAACCUCCAUCACCAUCACCAACCGGGGGGACUGCUGUGCAGAGAGACUCAACGGAGCCGAGAUUCGCAUCGGGAACUCGCUAUUCAACAACGGAAAUGAUAAUCAACGGGUUGCAGUGGUUUCCUCCAUCCCUGCCGGCACAUCCAUGACCUUCAACUUCAGCAACGUCUCGGGACGUUACGUUACCGUGAUCUUACCUGGACAUGGACGGAUCCUGACGCUCUGCGAGGUCGAAGUUUACGGGUUUCCUCACGAGAACACGCCAGAGCUAAACACACAAGAACUAGUGAAGCCAUACAAAAAUCUCGCUCUCUUGGGUAAAGCCACCCAAUCGACCUUGAUUAAUAAGGGCAAUUCAGCAUUUGGACUCGCCUACUACGCCAUAGACGGAAAUCCCAAUUCAGAUGCCCGCGAUGGAUCCUGCAGCCACACCAACCCCCAGAGUAACCCCUGGUGGAGGGUGGACCUUCUAAACAAGUACAAAAUAACCUUCAUCACCAUCACCAACCGGGGGGACUGCUGUGCAGAGAGACUCAACGGAGCCGAGAUUCGCGUCGGGAACUCGUUAAUCAACAACGGAAAUGAUAAUCCACGGGUUGCAGUGGUUUCCUCCAUCCCUCCCGGCAGAUCCGUGACCUUCAAGCUCAGCAACGCCUCGGGACGUUACGUCAACGUGAUCUUACCCGGAUACAACCGGAUCCUGACGCUCUGCGAGGUCGAAGUUUACGGGUAUUAAAACCCCACCGUCAGAGCGCUGAUGUUUUAAAUCUGUAUUGAACAUCACCUCCAAUCAAUAACCAAUAAUAAACUCAUGAGCAAAACGUAAA